AUGGCCGGGCUGGCGUCAGCCCGCGAGCUGCGCCGGGAGGGCCACGACGUGACGGUGCUGGAGCAGAACGCCGACGUGGGCGGGCAGUGGCUGUACGACCCGAGGAGCGAUGGCGCCGACGACCCGCUCGGCGCCGCGGAGACGGUGAAGGUGCACGGCAGCCUGUACGCGUCCCUCCGCGCCAUCAGCGCCAGGGAGAACAUGGGGUUCACCGACUUCCACUUCGCGCCCAAGGACGGCCGCGACGGCCGCCGCUUCCCGGGCCACCGCGAGGUGCAGCUCUACCUCAGGGACUUCUGCGACGCGUUCGGGCUCAUGGAGGCGGUCCGGCUCAACACGCGUGUCCUGCGCGUCGCCAUGGCGGUGGCUCCGACGCGGAAGUGGACGGUGAGGUCCGUACACGAGGGCACGGAGGAGGAGGAGGUCUUCGACGCCGUCGUCGUGGCGAACGGCCACUACUCGCAGCCGAGGCUGCCAAGCAUCCAGGGCAUGGAGGCGUGGAGGGGGAGGCAGAUGCACAGCCACUCGUACAGGGUGCCGGAGCCGUUCCGGGGCGACGUGGUGGUGGUGGUCGGGUGCGGGGCGAGCGGCAAGGACAUCGCCAUGGAGGUCCGCGGGGUCGCCAAGGAGGUGCACCUCGUGGCCAAGUCCAUGGAGGAGGUCACCCCCGGGCUCGCCAAAGUGCUCGCCAAGCAUAGCGCCAACCUGCACCUGCAACUGCACGUGGAGCGCCUGUGCGAGGACGGGCUGGUGGUGUUCGGCGGCGGCGGCUCCGGCGUCCUCGCCGACACCAUCAUCUACUGCACGGGGUACAAUUACUCUUUCCCGUUCCUGCACACGGCGGGGGCGGUCACCGUCGACGACAACCGCGUCGGCCCGCUGUUCGAGCACGUGUUCCCGCCGUCGCUGGCGCCGUCGCUCUCCUUCGUCGGCAUACCCAUAAAGGUGUUUGCGCCCCGGUUCUUCGAGGCUCAGGCGAAAUGGGGGGCGCAGGUGCUGUCAGGGAGGAGGACGCUGCCGCCGGAGCAGGAGAUGAUGCGGUCCGUGGAGGAGUAUUACCGUGCCAGGGAGAUCGCGGGCGUGCCCAAGAAGUACACCCACGACGUCUGCUUGUCUGAGACCAUGCCCACGUACAUGGAUGAUCGGGAGCAAGUAUUGUGA